UGCGCAUGCGCACUAAUACGCAAUGACGUGGGUAAACAACCAUUUGGACAUUUAAAUGUUCGACUGUCAGACGAAACACGAAGCAACUAUGAUGAAGCAUGACCUCAUGAGGACGCCGCCCGUCUUCUUCCUCUGUAAAGGACAAUCGUCCCUGACGUCCUCUGGCGACACUCUGCCUCAAAACUUUGCAGAAACUCUGCCAACAGAGAUGAGUGUGAAGAUCUUUGAGGAGCUGGACACAGUGAGUCUCUGCAGCGCCUCACAGACCUGCAGACUGUGGCGAGACAUAAUCCAGGAAAGUGAGCAGCUGUGGAGGACACAGUGUCUUCUGAUCAGAGCUGUGUGUCAGAGGGAAGUCGAUGGUGACAGGAGGGACGGCCUGUCCUGGAAGGUGACUCUGGUGAAGAACUACACUCGCAGCUGUGUGAAGAAAGACUGGUUGAAAGGACGCUACAGUCAUGUGACGUCAGCAGAGCAGCUGAUUGGUCGGAGGAUGACGGCGCUGGAUGCUGAGGCAUGGGGAGACAUCCUGCAGGCUGAGCUGGACAGAUGAUGGACAUUUGGACAUUUUAUUCUUUACAACUGUAAAAAUUGUGACUUUUUUAUGAAAAAUGAAAAUAAUUUAAAUGAAUGUGAGUUUGUACGUUUACUGUAAACAUUAAUAUAAAGUUUGUACAAUUACUGUAAACAUUAAUAUUAAGUUUAUAUGUUUACUAUAAACAUUAAUAUUACUGCACAAGAA